AUGGCAAAUUUUUCUGGUAGUGUCUUCGGCGAGACCCUCCAAACAAUCACCAGCACCAAGUUAGAGGAGCUCGCAAAGCAACGCAUCAGCUUUGAGGACAAAUAUGCCAGACUGCUCGACUCUGUGAAAUCAGAAAAAGACGCGUUGAAGCGAGUUGGCAUCUUACUUGACGGCUUGAAGGAAUGCCUUGGCGUUCAGAUCGUGAAGGACUCCAAAGAUGCGGGGGCUGUCCACGUGAUUAUCAGCGGAACAAGGAACACUGGCCUCGAAACUGACCUCCGGAACCUGCACCGUUUUAUUGAGCAAGCUCGCUUUGACCCUUCUGUGUCAAGUAAGGUAGUCUUGGAUUGGGAAAAGAAACUGCUCGAGUACCUUUCAAUUCAGUCCACCAAGUUCCAAUAUGCCAAUCUCUACGGGAAGCUUGUCACAGAAUGGCUCUCCUCUGAAAAAUCUACAAACAAUGAUGGCGACAUUGAGAUGGCGGAGAGCUUUGAAGAGGUGCCUGGUGCGAAGAAGCUUGCUACUUGUGCAGAAUGGGAGAGGGAUGUGUUCCAGGAGGCUGAAGUAGAUGAAAAUGCACUACAGCUAUAUCUCGAAGACCUCUUUGUCAAGGACAAGAAAGAGAGCAUCUCAGCAAUCGAUGAGUUGCGUAAGAAGGUCCAAGAAUUCGAGAAGAAUCUAACUAGGUCGAAUCCAUUUGACCUGUUUUCACUUCGUUGGACCAUCCAAGGAUUACAAAAUUCUGAUCUGCUUUCUAAUGAAAAGCGGGAGGCUUUGAGAGAUUUUCUCGGCAACAAUAUAAUAUUGACAGAACUCUGCGACAUUCUCAACGUGCGCAUGACAGCUCUCGAGAAUUGGAAUUGGGGCCCGCACGUCCUAGUGGAACAGAGGAGGAAGAUCAACGGCGAAUUUUCGAUCCAUUUCGAUCCUGGCCUUCUGCAAGCGAUUUUCCUUCAUUACAUCGGCAUACAAUGGUCUGUGUUCUUCAAGUCUGCAUUUAGAGACUUGCAUAAGCACGAGGCUUGGAAGAAUUCUUCUACUGAGGUCGGUAGGGACGAGCGCUUACAGCGCAUGUACUUCCUCGGUAAGAAAGGUACAAAUGCUUCAAAGAGUCUAGAACAGAAGCGAAAAGGCACGCAUGAGAACAGAUACUUUGCACAGCAACUACUGGACUUUAACUCACAAAAGAUCGAGGUGGAAGAAGGCGAGGAAGAAGCAGAGUACAAAGACUACGCUUCCAAUCUACUACUGGGCGCCCCCAUGCAGUCGGACCUUGCUCAAGGUCGCUCUGUGAAAGCCGCGGCUAAGUCGCAUUUCGCUAGGAGGGUUCUGGUUGCUGAAGCUGAAGUAGAUGAAUCUGAUGAGGAGGAUGAAGACGACAUAUUUUCUGAGGAUUCCUUUCAGGACGAAGAUGAAAUUUACCGUCAUCAGUCCAAGAAGCCCAUGGAAUCAAAGCAGAGUCUGCUUCAUAUCGUCGCUACCGAAAUCAUUUUCAAUACCCGGCUACACGGCGAGUUUACUUGUCUCCGUACGACAUUUGAUUCCUGGAAUUCACUUCUACCGCAUCAAACAAUAUCAGCAGUCCUCGAAUUUCUCGGUGUAUCAAAGAAAUGGAGGGAUUUCUUUGAGAAAUAUCUGCAGGCUCCAUUGAAGUUUGCUGACGAUCCAUCAUCUGAGCCACGUUUGCGUCGGCGAGGCAUGCCGAGCUCUCAUACAUUGAGUGAUGUGCUGGGCGAAACAGUACUAUUUUGCCUGGACUUUGCUGUCAACCAGGCGACUGGCGGUCCAGAUCUGUAUCGUCUCGGCGAUGAUGUAUGGUUUUGGAAUAAGAAUUACGAGACAUGCGUGAGCGCGUGGGCCAGCAUUCUGAAGUUCACCGAGGUCAUGGGAGUUAGGCUACAUGAGAAGAAGACUGGUAGUGUGCGGAUCUCCCAUAGCAAGGAAACGGCGAUUGAUGAACGUCUUCCCAAAGGUGAGAUUCGCUGGGGCUUCUUACAGCUUGAUCCUAAAAGCGGCCGGUUCGAAAUCGACCAACGCAUGGUCGACGGACAUGUAGAGGAACUGCGCACGCAACUGCAAGCCAAAUCGAAGAGUGUUAUCGACUACAUUCAAGCCUGGAACUCUUACGCAGCUACAUUCUUCAGCUCGAACUUCGGAAAAGCUGCCAAUUGUUUCGGCCGCGAACAUGUCGAUAAGAUGCUUGCUACUCACCGCCACAUUCAGGAGCAGAUCUUUCCUAAUGGCAGCAUUGUUCAGCAAAUCAAGCAGAUGAUCGAAGAGCGAUUCUCCGUAAAGAAUAUCCCUGAUGGCUUCCUCUUCUUCCCAGUCGAGUUAGGCGGCCUGGAUCUCAAGUCACCGUUCGUACACCUUUUGCAGAUCCGAGAGUCGGUUAGAGAGAAUCCUUACGACUUGCUCGAUGAGUACGAGGAAAACGAGCGCGACGACUACGCCACUGCCAAACGCAGGUUUGACAAGGCUGACCCGGAUACUAUGCGUCGUAAUGCAGACGAUUCGGUCUCGCAACGUAAAGACACUGAUGAAUUCUUCUCUUUCGAAGAGUUUAUCAAACACCGUGAGGUCUUUGGAAGCUUGGGAAAGGCAAGCUUAGUGAAGGCGUACAAGAAAUUGCUGGAGCGACCGCAGGAGGAACCUGUUGCUCUCGGCACGUCGGUGGGGCAGGCUAUAACUCAGCUAUCGAGCCAGAACAAUCUACGAGGCAUCCUUGGUAAUUGGCAGCGCAUGGAUGCUUAUUGGAAAUGGAUCGCGCAGAUGUAUGGCCCAGAGAUGAUCGACACGUUUGGCAGUCUUAAUGUUGUCGAUUUCGGAUUGCUGCCCACUGGUAUGGUGUCGAUGUUUAGACAGCGUCGUACCAAAUGGCAAGGCUGA